CGCCUAUAAAGCGCGCGGGGCAGCAGCGCGGCUCCUGCUGCAGCAGUAGUUCUCCGAGCGCCGGCCGGAGAGGCUGAUUGACGCGGACGCUCCGCCGGGUGGGCCGUCGAUCCUCGCUCCGCACGCUCCGUCCAGCGCUCCGGAGGAAAGGGGUCUCCCCGAGCCGAAGCCGGCCAUGUCUGAUCCAGCUCAGCAACCAGGGACGGGGCAAGAAGGGGAAGAAAAUGCUGGAGGCCCCCCUGGAGCUCCCCCAAAUUUGACCAGCAAUCGCCGCCUGCAACAGACCCAAGCGCAGGUGGAAGAAGUGGUGGAUAUUAUGCGUGUGAAUGUGGACAAAGUCUUGGAGCGAGACCAGAAGCUAUCGGAAUUAGAUGAAAGAGCAGAUGCACUCCAAGCUGGUGCUCAAGUAUUCGAAAGCAGUGCAGCAGCGCUCAAGAGAAAGUAUUGGUGGAAGAACUGUAAGAUGAUGAUCAUGCUGGGAGUGAUCUGUGCCAUUGUGGUCAUCGCAAUUGCACUCUACUUUUUUACCUGAGAAUGUGGUCCCUUCCCCCCUCCCUCCCCAGUCUGCAGCCCCCUUUCCCCAUCUCCCUUUCCAGUCCCAGGUGUUCCUCCUCCUCCUCCUCCCUCCUCCUCCUCCUUUCCUUUCCUUUCUCCCUUCAUUCUGGCUUAGUCAUCAGUUUUCCUUUUGGUUCUGUUUGCCUUCCAUACGAGACUUUAACGCACUGUUUCCAGAUUUGAGUUGAUUCCCCCUUCACAGCUGCUGCUGCAUCAACCUCUGAGCAGGCCACCUCGCCUUGGAGGGUGGCAGCGGGACGAGAGGAGGAAAUGUGUGGGGUGGUUGAGUGACGCUUGCGGGUUGGAGGCCGACUCUAGGUGUCCGCUUCUCUUGCACCUCUCUUGCCGUGUAUUUGCUUUGGGACAGCAUUACUUACAUCUCUACGGGUGGCGGGAGGAGAGAGGAGGGGCGAGCCCCCCCCCCAGCACCAGGGAGAAGAUUUGGAUAUUGUGACCCCUGCAUAGUGUUCCCUUAAUGUGAGGCAUAAGCUCAUGGUGUUUGCUCUGUCUGCAGAAAUUCUGGUCCUAUGAAGACGGGACAUCUCUUUGCAACCCUCGGGCAACACUUGGCCUCAUGAACCCUAGAAGGAAAGAUGUUGGUUUGAUCCAGUCUCCUCUGCUCCGGGGAGCAAGCGCACCAUUCGUGGAGGCUUGCAUUCCCAGGAUAGUCAGAAGUAGGGUCAGAUAUGUGCAUCUUGCAGUUCUGUGGCCAUGUGGUUUGCUGGAACACUCCGGCACUUUGAUGGAGCUUGCUAUUCAAACAGCAAGUCCCAGGCUACUUGCUUCUUAGCUGGAUCCCAAGUCCUGCUGCAAAACAGUAGCAGCAUGUCCCUCUUUGCCUCUUAGGGAGUCGUAGAAGGGUUUCCUUCUAAAAAGCAGGCCUGCUGUGCAAUGACAGGCCUGAAUUCUUACCUAGUUUUUAGGCUUCUUGGGUCAGAGGUGGUCACGCAGAAUGCCAGUGUUUCCAGGGACCGCUUGAAUGCAGAUUCACAUACAUGCCUUUCAUCACUCCUCUUUUUGGCCAUCACUUAAUGAUGCUCCCAGUGGUGAGCAUGUGUGUAUGAAUUCAUGCUUAUUUUGCUACCUGACAUGCUAUGGAGGUGCUGUAUUGAUCCUGAUUGGAAGAGAAGCCCAGUGCAAAUGGGUUUUAAAUCUGCUUUAGAGUGGGUUCUGCCAUGCCUGCCAGUCAAAGACACAGGAAGUGGCGUAGCUAUGAAGCACAAUCACAGAGAGAGGGGGAAGAGAGAGGUCUUUGGGUGUCCCAAUAUGGCUCCAAUCAGAGUUUGGCCAGAAAGAGAACAGUGUUGAAGGGCGGAAGGAGAUAUAGAGAAUGCAGUGCUCUAGGACAGGGAUGGUCAACUAGAGGCCUGGGGGCUGCAUUGCGGCCUCAGACAAAGCAAUAUGAUCUGGGCCCUUCAAAUGUCUUAACCCAGGAAUACUCUCCCCAUAGCAUGCUGUGAAGGUGCUGACUCUUUUUGCAUGCCCACUGCCACGCACCAGCAUUUCAUUUGCAGAGCCCAUCUCCUUGAUCUCCCCCCACCUCCCCCCACCUCGGGGGAUGCUUAGAGGAGAACAGGAACGCCGAAGCUCUCUGCUGGUUUGGAUAAACCUCUCCUGCCUCAGCGGAGCUGUGCUGGCGGAAGCGCAACACACCUGAAGAGGAUCCGGGGUCCGUGUUUUGUGACGCUGCUGCUGUCGCUUUGGGGAGGAAACACAGUAAGGUGUUUAAAGAGGCCUCUUGAUCUCUUCUGGACAAGAUCUUGGUUUUGAUCUGCUGCCGUCUGUAUUGAGAGAAAAGCCCUCCCGGCUGCUUUCUUUUGCUUCCCUUGUCUGUUCUCAUGGAUGUUGUAUGUUUUGCCUCUCUCUAUCUUCCUGCCCCCUUGUUACCUCUCCACUUGCUCCAUCUCUUUAUGCAUGGGCAAAAAAGUUUACCCCCUCCCCUAGGCCCUCUGUGCCUAAAACAAGGGACUUUCUUUCUCUAUGCAGAGGACUUCAGCCGCUUUCUCACGCACGUGUGGUUUCUGUCUUUGUAAGGAACACAGCCGUAAUAUUUUUUUCCCUCUGGCAUGUGUCGAUUUACCAGCUCAUGUACUCUUUAAUCUCUGCCAACAAACACUCCUCUGCCACCCAAAACGAGUCUGCGUCCUCUGUCUUGAGUGUUAGCGAGAAGGGGGUUGCUGCUUUUAAAGUGGGAAGGGAGAAGGACCCAGGUACAGUACCUUGGCUCCCAAACGCCGCAAACCCAGAAGUAAGUGUUCCGGUUUGCGAAUGUUUUCUGGAAGCCCAACAUCCGACGCGGCUUUCUCUUGAGUGCAGGAAGCCGCGCCUUGGUUUUCGGAUGGUUUUGGGAGUCAAACGGACUCCCGGAACGGAUUAAGUUCAAGAACCAAGGUACCACUGUACUUAAAACGUAGACCAUAGCACCCCCUGGAAAGGUACCUUAUCUUUAACGCUGUAGGUUGUAGGUGAAGAAUGUAGCACCUAGACAGGAGCAGGAGAUCUUGCAGGCCUAGUUUACAGCACAGUCGGGUCCACGUCCCUGUCUGCCUGCAGCAGCCAUGCUGUACUCAUGCAGAUCCUUUGCUCAGUAGACUGCGGUCAAACCUGCACCCUGGUAGAAGGAACCUGCGUAUGCAGCCUAGCUGGUGUUUGCGUGGUUCUAUCUCAUGCUUUGCACUUGUGGGUGGAGUACGUUUGUCAGGAGGUUGGCCACAGCUGGUGUCGACUCUUCCAUCAUGAAGGGCUUAUGAGCAGCCAGCAGAGGCCGGAAGGCUUGCUAUAGUGAGAAAUGGCCUAAGCUAGGGCAGCUCCUGGCUGGGACCUCAGAUAGCCAUACUGUGCUUUGUUCCUCCUUGUCCUGCCUUCCCUUAUCUUAACUGGCAUAAUGCACCUUCUGUUUCCUUUGCAUAAACUAGCUAAAUUCACUGAAACCAUCAAAUAUGAGCAGAAUAAAGUGUGUCAAGAUAAACCAAA